ACAAACAACUAGAAAUAUCUAGCACUGGCAGCAACUCCUCUUACAGGACUCCAACCAAUGGCGUUUGAACACAGUGAUUGCUGUACUGAGAGCCAGCGUCAAUCCAGAACCACAGCCUGCUAUGUCGACAAAACCAUACCUCCAUUAUAAUCAUAUAUAAUCAUAUAAUAAUAGGACGAAGGCAGCUUUGACAUCAUCCAUUUCGACGAUUUGAUUUUCAUCUCGCCGCCGAUUGGCCAGAGCAUGUCUUGGCAGGUGGUCUAUCCCGCUCGCUAUUCCAUAAACGGCAGGCGGUGUGAGAGACCCAGUAUAAUUUUUCCUCAGCCCGAAAUCAAAAUAUGAAUUCCUGCUGUGAUUGAAGGUCCUUGGUACAGGCAUAGGCAAGGCCAGGAUUCUCUGACGGGGGACUGUUACAGGAGCCUAUUCCCGUGAAAAUGUCGGACCAUCAUUCCAAAAGACGGAAACUGAACGACACGGAUGUUACGGUCACAGAUCGAGACCAAUCUAAACAAACCGGUGUGCAAGAAAGCAACCAUGGCUCUGACAAGCCUACAGCUCAAUCAUCUUUCCCAGAACGGUCACAGAGGCGAGAAAGUCGUUUCCUAUCAGGCCAAGCCGCAGAAAUAGGGAAAGCAACAGGGCUAUCCAAGUCGGCCCUCUUCAAGCUUCAAACCGACGAGCUGCUUGCCGAGCUCAGGCCGAAUUACGAUGACUAUGUCUCGCAUAUUCAAAGUGUUUUGCGAAAGGUUAAAGACACAAUAUACCAAACUCCCAGUCGCUUGGAAACUCAACCAUGCGUUGCUCAGAAGGAAAUGCGAAAUGCAUAUAAAAUCAUCGUGCCAUUUCCACACCCGACUCCUGACGAAAGCUCCCGAUACCCGAUGUCAUUCCUCCCUCCGACUGAUGUGAAUGUUGUUGGAAGUCUAUAUCUGCGCGCAGGAAUGCACGCGACCGAGGUUCUGAUCGUUGACUUGGCCGUGACUAUGCCCUCGGCCAUUUUCCAACCAAAAGACUUUCGAAAUUACCGAUACUUUCAUAAACGAGCUUACUAUAUUGCAUGCAUUGCUGCCAGUCUACAAAAGGGGAAUUUUCCAUUUACACUGCACUACAGCCAUCAGGAUGGAGAUAGCUUGCGCCCCAUUAUCGUCAUGGAGCCUUCCGAAGAUAAACCGAGCAAUUCAUUCCUCCAUCCAUUCCGUAUCCGUAUCGUAACAACUGUCGACGAUGACGCUUUCCCUCUUUCACAUACUCUUCCACAUAAGAACAACAUUCGAAAUACGACCUCAGAUGAUCAACAAUCGCCCGGUGAGGAGAAAUUGGGCUUAUUCUACAAUGCUGCGCUACGAUCUGAUAUCACAGUUGUGCAAUAUCAGAAGUGGCUCCAAUCUGCAAUGAAAAAAAAUGAGUCUAUGAGAGAUGCGUGCACACUUGGACAGAUAUGGCUGCAACAACGAGGCUUUGGGUCUUCAUUAGAGAACGGAGGCUUCGGUAGCUUUGAGUGGAUGGUCCUCCUGGGUCUUUUGUUCGAGGGCGGCGGUGCCAGCGGUAAACCUGUUCUCAUGUCUUCCUACAGCGGCUACCAAAUAUUUAAAGCGACACUACAAUUUUUAUCCGCAAGAGACCUCACACACCCUCUGUCUCUAUUCACUAACGACGUGAAAUUUCCCGCUGGAGAACCCGUCCUAUACGACGGCAAAAGAGGAUUGAACAUAUUAUACAAGAUGACGGCCUGGUCGUACAAGUUGCUUCGUCACGAAUGCAAACUAGCUUUGUCUCUUCUCAAUGAUCCACUAUUUGAUAAUUUCAAUAAGGUCUUCAUUCUUCAAACUGACGACCCGAUGUUGAAAUUUGACCGCUUAGUGCGCCUUACCCCUCCGCAGAAACCUGUUGGGUCGUUAUCUCUUCUUGGAUACCAGAAUCAUGUCAACAACAUAUUAGAAAGAUCACUGGGCGACAGAGUAAAGGCCAUUCACAUUUGGACAAAAUCUCCAUCAUCCUGGAAGCUCACUUCGGAUAGAGCAAAUCGAGUGCUCCAAGAUCAUAUCUAUAUCGGGCUGCAACUGGAUCCUGAGAAUACUGACCGUCUCAUCGACCAUGGACCCUCGGUGGAGAUGCAGGAUGAGGCUCAAUCGUACCGAGAAUUUUGGGGUGAAAAGGCAGAGCUGAGACGGUUUCGAGACGGAAGGAUCCUCGAAAGUCUAGUAUGGUCAGAAGAAGAGCCUGUGGUAGACCAAAUCUUGGUUUACGCACUCUGUCGUCACCUAGAAAUUCCCAGAGAAUCAAUUAGUUGCAUUGGAGGUGAAUUCGACAAGGCAUUGCAGCGGUUUUCGCGUUUUCAUAGCCACACGCCUGCUCUGUUUCAAAAAUUCCACGAUGCUUUUCAAUCUCUGCAGUCAUCUCUCCAAAAUAUGGACGAUAUCCCUCUGUCGAUUAGACAACUUCUGCCCGCCAGCGCCGCCUUGAGAAACACUGCCAUUGCUUUGGGGCCUGAUGGUAUAGAGAGAAUACCCGUGGACAUCAUCCUUCAACUUGAAAGCUCUGCCAAAUGGCCCGACAACUUGGUUGGUAUUCAGAUGACAAAAGUAGCCUUCCUCGAACGAAUCGGUGAUCUGCUUAAGGAAAACGAUGCUAUUCAGUCGUUCAGAGUCGGUCUUGAGAAUGAAAGUAGACCCUUGAUGAAUCAAGCCUUUCUGGAUAUUAUACAUACAAGUGGACUAAUUUUUCGGUUGAGAAUUCACCAUGAUCGAGAAGCGACAUUACUUGAGCGGAAGCUCAAGGAAGGAAAUACCAAUGGUCGCCUGAAAGAAAAUGCUGCAGCCGCACUCUCCGAAUAUAAAAAGGUAUUCGUUCAAUCUCCCCGCCUGACACAGACGAUCAAAACCCUUUCUACACGAUCUCCACUCUUAUCACCUACAAUCCGCCUCAUGAAACACUGGUUCAACUCUCAACUUCUCUCGUACGUUACGGAAGAGUUCGUGGAACUUAUCACUAUAAACUCCUUUGUCUCACUUCAUCCCUGGGAUCCACCAUCAAGCUUAAUGAGCGGAUUCUACCGGACUCUCACGCUACUAUCAAAGUGGAACUGGCAACAAGAGCCGCUUAUCUUGAACAUGGGGGGCCUUGAUUCCAGCGAUAUAAAGACAAUCGAAACCCGGUUUUUAGCCUGGCGAAACAUCGACCCUGCAAUGAAAAAGGUUGCCAUGGUCAUUGCAUCCGAUAUUGACCAAGAAGGCGUUACAUGGACACUCAAUGAACGCCCACCCAAGGUUGUAGCCAGCCACAUCUCGCGAUUAGCGCAGGCAGCCGUCGAGGCACUCAGUAAACAGCCAGAUGAUGUCCCUCUCGACAGUCUUUUCAAACCACGUUUAGCGUCCUACGAUUUCCUGAUCUAUCUCGACCAGAAACAGGUUAAUGCUAGCAGCAAGAAUGCAGUCAAAUUUAAAAACCUCAGUUUGCCAGCGGCAGACGUGUCUCAGUUGCAGAAUAUUGGCAGAUUGUAUCUUGACGAACUGAAAGUUCUUUUUGGGAAUUGUGCGCUUUUCUUCUACAAUAAUGAUCAAUGUGCAGUUAUCGCAGGCCUUUGGAAGCCGGAUUCUGCCACACCUAAAUCUUUUAGUCUUAGAGCUGCCUAUUCGACCAGCCCGGCUGCCGAUGUGAAAACGGACCAGGAUCUUGGAGUAGUCCUUAACAAGAAGUCUAUUCUCAAUGAGAUUGCAAGACUAGGAGGGCCCUUGGUUCAUAGAAUUGAAUGCAGAGGGAAUUAAAUAGGAGGGCGUGUUUAAAGUAUCAACAAUGUAUGACAUUUAUAAAAGUAU